ACAACGUGUAUCGUAACUUUAAAAGGAUACGUGGACAAUAUAUGGUUUCUUUUUCAUCUAUAUUUUGGAUCCCACCUUACAUUUGCAUGACAUUUCUUAAAUGCCAAAUCUAACGUGAUAAUUUCUUCUAUAGUCUUUCUUAGUCUCUUUGUAGAAAGAAGACUUAAAUUGCAGUUGGCGUCAACCUAGAAUUUUUAGUUCUACCUCUAAUUUGUACAUGAAAAACUUGGUCACAAGAAGAACGGUAAUCAAAGAGACCCUAUUAUGGAUUCCAAGAAAUGUCAAGAUAAACUUCACCUACUUCCGGAAUGUCGCGCGCAUUUUGCUUAAAUCGUGAGCAAGUUUAUUAUACAUGCAAGGUUCUGUUUCAGAUAAGGGGUUGAACUUCCUGCAAAGUUGUCGAUUUGUCUGCAGGGGAUAGGUGGUCGAGUUUCCUAAUUGAAAUCUUGCUCGAAUAACAAAAUUUCUAUGUGGUGACAUUCGAUUGUGUUUUGAUGCAGUUUUGUUGAUAUUUGUAUCGUUAGUUCUCUUUGUGAGCAAACUUCCGGUGCAGAAUUAUUAGAUUCCAUUUUUCAAGACAAAAGGACAAGUAACAAUCAACAAAAAUGGUUUCAUUUUCGAUCAAUAGAGCAUAAAAGUGACUGAUUGAAAAUACAACAUUGUGAAGAAAUUUCAUAACAGUCAGUAGCGAUAAAAAUCUGUGUGUGCUUAGAGCAUCGAUUUUCCUUUAUUACAUUUAUUACCUUCAUAGGAUUGAAUUGCUAUUUUGUAGGCACUAAUGGAGCAAAUAUAAUCAAAGUUUACUUGUAAAUCACCACUGAAGACUUGUCACUAAAUAAAACAGAUGUAUAGAACGAAAUGAGAAAUUUUGCAGAUUAGAAAACUUAAAUUAACUUCUCAUAAACACAUUAUUGCUACUUCUUUAGAAAUCUUGGUUAGCAAAUGGUGGGAUCAACCAAUGUGCCGUAAACGCUUCAAGAACAUUAAUACCCCAUGACUGUUCGGGUUGAAGAAACCAGGCGAAUCUUUUCUUCCUUUCUUCUUCGCAUUCUUUAUGUAUUUCAGUGAAAUCAGUUUUAUUAAGAAGUCGUGCAUUUGUCUCUUAGGAACCGUGAAGACUUGGGGUAUUUUGUUCGCCUUGUGACAAAAAUCGUAUUAGAACAGCUCAAAGAAUCUGAAAACACGACGCAACGAAAGGGAGACUUCGUAUUUGCCUCUGUAUUUUCUUUUUCAAAGAAGGAUGGUUUUGAAAAGAUGCCCAGUGUCGCAGUGCGCACCUGCCACGGAUUCUUUUAUGUGGGUAUUAGCUCCCCUUGAUGGCCGUCCAUUUCCUGUCUAGGAAACCCCUGCCGAGCAUGUGUAAUUAAGUGGCAAUUAAAAAGAAAAGAUUGGAGUGUACCGAGAGAAAAACCUUUUAACCUUUCUUACAAGACAAACAUUAAACACUUCAUUUCAAAUAUCUGUUAUUGAUCUAUUCGUAUAUGAAUAUUCUUGCAUUUUCUUUUGGUUGUUGUCUGAAUAUUUAAACACAAGUGUUGUCGGAGAAAACUCCUUUUAGAUUUAUGUGACGUCUCCGCGAGCUCUCGGGAUUAACAGUUCCUUCGUCGUCAGUGAUUUUUUGAAGUUUAUUUCCAUUUGGCUCUACAUUUUGAUGAAAAAGUUUGGAGAAAUAUAACGUAUUUGACAAUUGUUCUGUAAAAAUGAGACAAAAAGGGUGUUUUCGAUAUUCCUCGGAAUCGGAUUUUCAUUUACCUAGACUGAUGGAGAGGACAAGCAUAGACCACCGACGCUCUCGGACAGUGCCCUGGUUCGAGGACAAUAGAUCCUCCUAUCAGCACCACGCCGAGUACCUUAAAAAGCUAUCCACUCUGCGAGAUGAACUUAUUCUUCAGGAGCAGUCACACCUUGCCAAUGCACUCGACAGAUUACGCAUGCGCCAAUACAGCAGAGAUAACGCGCUUGCGCGGAAUAGAUCAAAGGAUUUUCCUCCAGACUCAAGGCGAUCUUUAGUGACUACCAUCGAACAAUUCCAGAAAAUGAGACCAAAGAGGUCUCCACCACAUAUAUCCCCAUUAGAGGGAAAACAGAUUCUAGAACCACAGACUUAUAAACCCUCCAAAAGUCCGCAGUUAUCGGAGAAAGGUGCGUCUCAACGGUUAAUGGACGACAGUGUUCGGGCAAACCUACAGAGGAUACCACCAACAACCGUGCAACCGACAUCUAGCAUCCCGAAUAUAGGACGUAAAUCCAUCGCUAAAAGCAAGGAACUGGUAUUAGAUGGUUCUCCAAUCCACAGGCGUGGUACGUUACCGUCGCGAGAUGAGAGAGACCCAUUGGAAAUAAACCCGUUCAAAGCUGUGUACAAGGGUAAUAAUGGAACGCGUUUAAAGCGUCUAGUGCGACCAGAUUCCGACGAACUUGAUUUGCGAGCUCAAGCUAUAAGGUUUGAAGCAUUAAGUGAUAAAGAUAGGAUAAAUAUGGACAAACUGAGAGAAUAUUACUGCAUUUACUAUCUACCAACAAACACACCAACGAACGUGUCAGAUGACGAAGAUUCAAUGGAAAUACCGGAAGAAAGAGUUGUGCAGGAAUCGGCGGGAUUUCAGCAUGAUAAAAAGAAACGUUUGACUCUGCUAGAGGGUAGAGGAAAAGGUGUACAUCCCGCUGAUCGUGUUAUUAAUUCUCCAAGGAAAUCUCGAGAGGAACAAAAUAACAACGGAAUCACAGACAGAUUGUUUCUAAAUGGCCAGGGAAUUCGAGACCAGGAUGUGACAGUACCGGCGGAAAGUCAACCGCUGGAGGAAAGCCCGUCGUUCUCCAUAUACGGUGAUCAAAAUUGUGCAGUUCCUGCCCGGAAGCAAAUCAUUGUGGACAUGCCUUCUAUUGUAUUCAAUAACGCAUCACCAGAAAAUGAGAAUUCUGACGUCUUGGAACGGAAGCGGCGUUCAGUGUUACAAAAGACGUUCAAGCAGAAUGAGAUCCGACAACGGGAACUACGUAAUCUGUUCGAUGACGUCAGAGAAUUGAACAAACGUAGUGACGAACUGACAGAGUCAAUAAAGUCCUCUUCAGAUUAAAAUAGUGCUUUCGCAAAAGUAGUAUUACCAUUCUUUUCAGAGACAUUUUUCGUAAUUUAUUACAUGCAGUAGCUCAUCGGUGCCAUGUCACUAGUUGCCAUGUCAUUGCAUGCCAAUUGUUGUUCAUCUAGUCAUUCACAAGAAUCUAUUCUAUACACUUUUGUUUACAUCAGUGCACAUUGCUUAAAAUUCUUUUGUUUAAAAUAUUUAUGAAAGAAAUGAAUAAAAUAAAUUUCAAAGCUUU